AGGUGUUCCUUUUCAGCAUGUCACGUCGACGAAGUUAUCAAUUAACUGCACAGUUUCCGUCUCGUAGCACCAUUUACCGUGCAGCGAAAAGAAUGACAUCAGGAUUCAGCUACGAAGAGGUGCUUCUGUUGUCAGAAGCUAAACGACAGAAGGUUCAGCCACCUGCACACGUUAUCAACCGCAGUGAAGAUGACAGGGACCCCGAUGAAUUGGUACAUAACUUGAGAAAAUUGAUUGCAAAAUCUCAAGUACCUGCGUCUUUUGUUCGUCCACUGUUGUGCCUUGUGCAGCCGUGGAUGCCAUUUUUGCCAAAGGAUUACCGGACGUUGAUGCGCACCCCACGGACCUCCCGCAUUCGCGUUGUU